UCUGCACGAAGGUGCUCAAAGGAAAGCAGUGAAAGGACUAUUGCACGAGUUCCUUCCUCUCCUGUUCACCUUUACAUCCGAUCUACACCGGUUCGUUUCCAAUGGCUUAUACGAAGGAGUCGUUAUCCACUGCAGCUGUGCCGAAGGAUGAGAGCAGACCUGCAGUCGGCCGUACUGAAGCGGCUCAGCUACCGGCGGCAGAACCUGAGCAGGAGCAUCCCUCGCGGCUCCGUGCGGCUCCGUGCGGCGCCGGGGCGAGGGCGGGGGCCGGGGAGGGGCCGGUCGGGCUCUGCCUCCUUCCGCUCCGGCUUCUUCUGCCCCGCGGGCGACGACAGCGGCAGUCAUGGGGGUGGCUGUGGGGCGGCGGAGGCGCUGGGGCGUGCCGGUGCUGCUGCUGGCUUACCUAGGUUACGUGGGGCUGGGGGCCGGCGUGCUGCAGGCGCUGGAAAGGCCGGCCGAGGUGCGGGCGGCUCGGCGGCUCCUCCAGCAGCGCUGGGAGCUGCUCGCCAACCACACCUGCCUGCAGGGGCCCGCCCUGCAGAGGCUCAUCCAGGUGAGCUCCGGGCUGUCCGAGCAUCCGCUCGUAUAAGGGCUUCUCCCCGUCGCCGCUGUCCUCGCAGGAGUUGCGGCGUUUGCUGGUUUGGUAUCAUCGAAGCCUACAAGAGUGGUGUAACCCUCCAGGGAAACACCACUAGCCUGGGCAGGUGGGACUUCAGUGGAUCUUUCUUCUUCUCCAUCUCUGCAAUAACAACCAUUGGCUAUGGGAACCUAAGCCCCAGCACUGUGGCUGGUCGAAUUUUCUGCAUCUUCUUUGCCCUUUUUGGGAUCCCCUUGAACCUUGUCCUCCUGAAUGAAAUUGGGCAGCUGAUGUUGUUGGGGGUUCAGCGUAGUGCCCAUCACCUAGAAGAGAUGUUUCACUGGAAGAUAAAAGCUGCUCUACUGAUGAAGACUUGUGCACUAGUAACAGGGUUGUUAUUGUUCCUCCUGCUACCUCCCUUGUUGUUCUCUAACAAAGAAGGAUGGACUUAUGAAGAGAGUUUCUACUAUUCCUUCAUUACUCUCAGCACUAUAGGAUUUGGAGAUUAUGUGAUUGGGAUGAACCCAGACCGCACCUAUCCAAGCUGGUACAAGAAUGUAAUCUCCCUUUGGAUCCUCUUCGGGAUGGCCUGGCUUGCACUGAUUAUCAAAUGUUGCAUCAACUUACUGGAGAGCUCCAGUGACUUCUGUCAGUGCAACAGGAAGAGCAUAGAGUUGUCAGAAGACGAAAUGGAUGAUGGCAAAAAGAGUAUGACAGGACUUCACAAUGUGGAGAGCUGCAAUGACAAAGACACAAAAGCAGGAGGACCAGGUGGAUAUCACACCCACACAACUUCUACAGAAGCACUUUAGAGGAGAAACAUACCUUUGGUGUCUCUCAUGUUCCAGUACACCAGAGAUCACUGCUUAGAAAUGUGGGAAUGGAGCUGCCCUGACAUUCACUCUGGGAUGCAAAACUGCUCGUUGAGUAUGAAAUGCUUCUAUUCUGAAUUGAAAAUGGCAGCAAAAUAUUUCAUUUGUAGCACUACCAGGAAUUACCAAGAAGACUCUUGAUCAACCAAAAGCAGAUUUUCAGAGGUAAUACCUACAUUCCCACCUCAAUAUGAGAUAAACCUUGAUAUCUGCACCCAGCGCUGCCCACUGUCUUUUUCUUUGCAAAUAAAUAUGUGGUAUUUUGCAAAUACCACUACUAGAAAAGGAAGCAUAAUUUAAUACAGGAAGCAAAUUGUAUGUUGCCAAAAGGCUCAGUGGAAAAAUAUUCUUUUAAACAAGCUGGCAGUGACUAUAAAUGAGCUCCAUCACCUAUGUGUUUGUGCUUGCCAAAGGUGGUAAUGUAUUUCAGCUAUCUGAUCAUUUGUAUGUGAGUAGCAGUGAGGCAGAGAUCGUUGAGGUGCCUAAUAGAAAUUGAAUGUUUGGUUUUGUUAAGGAAACUUCUACAUCAGAGGUCCACUAGUGUUAAAAAAGAUAGUAGGCAGUUGGUUUUUUUAUUUAUUCCAAAACUUAUGCAGGGUCAUCCUUUAAGUAUUAUGUAGACUAGAUAUCACUGAAAUGCAACAGUUCAUUUGGAUACAUUUUUUUUCUUUUUCACAUUUUGGAAGCUGGGAAAGGAAGACUAGAGGCAAAAGAGCUGCUUUAAUAAAGAGACAAAUUUAAAUGCCUUCAACGCUGAUCAGGAGAGAUGCUGUUAGCAUGAGCUUCACAAGGCAUAAAUAAAUACUGUAUUUGCUUGUUUAAGUCUUUUUUAUAAGCACAACUGCAGUUUGAUCUGUAAUACAAAACCUGAUCAUUUGGCACUUCUGUCUAUCAUGAAUUGAAAAUUCUUAAAAAUUUCCUUAAGUUCUCAGAAAUCUUUUGAAAAAUUAUGCCAUUUAAAAAGGCCCAACAGAAUCUAACUCCUGCUGCCGUUUGUAUACCAACAUCUAUAUUGUUUUCUUAUUCCUGUUGUGGCAUUGGCAUCCUAGAGCAAAUAGCACAACCAACUUUGAAGGCUUGACUGUAGGAGUAAGCCAGAAGAAAGCGUUUGCGUGAGCCUGAGCUUCUGCAUUGGUCCUAGAUCUUUACACAGAGAGAAGAAAGUGGGCAGAAAGCAUAAGCUGUUGGAGCAUGAUGCCUAUGAAUUAGCAAUAUACAUACCUGGGCUUCCAGCAAUGCAGUGAGUGAAAAUUUUGGUCUUUGGGAAGACAAGUUCUGGAAAACAUAUCAUGAAAAAAAUAGUUUCCCGAGUAGGCCAGUCUGAGCUUCAGUAUAUUGUGGAAUUGAUUGUAAAAGAAAAUGCAAGAAAGGAAUCUGCAGGAUCAAAUUAAGACUGUCAGCCUUUAUGUUGUCACCUUUUGGCCGACUCUGUACUGUUAAAUGGUCUCUCAAGUACUUUUUCAAUAGACAGCAAGAGGUAAGAAAGGGAGCGAGUGGACAUCUCAAGUUGUAUUUGGGGAAUUGAUGCAAAAUAAAUAAAACUGAUUUUUUUUUAAAAAAAUAUUGGGUAAUUCCUUAACAGCCUUCUGCAAAAUCUUUUCUGUUCUCCCAUGUUUGUUCUCCUGUGUUUUGUUUUGUUUAUUUUCACUGUUGGAUGUACAAUUUAGUUUUUAAUGAUGUUCAUAAUGGGCUAGCCCACAGUAAGGCUAAAAUACAGUUUUUAAACCUAAGUGAAACACAGUUCUAGAACAUAUUAUGUGAUACUCUUUUGCAUCACCUUCCAGGUGCAAAACUCAGCAAAUAUUGCAGUGUCAUAAAAGCCAGAUGUCCAGGGGAUAAUAGGAGUUUCUGCUGGUGAGGAUGAGAAUCGCUUUGCUAAAUCUAUUUAAGGUUUAAUUUGAAAUGUCACAACUCUGGGGAUUUUUACCAACUCUGCUCUUGCAUAAGAAGGCUUAGCUUGAAAAGAGUUUCCUCUAUUCAAUUUGAAUGUCUAUUAUAUUAAUCCCAUGUAUUUCAAAACUACUGUGUGUUUGUAGUUUGUGAGUGAGGUGUUCAUAAGUUCUCUAGAGAUUUGGGCACCCCAUACAUACUGAAGUAUAAACAGCUGCAUGCCUUAGGACAGCUAGGAGGAACUUCAGGAGUAGCCCUGAAAAAGGAAAAAAACAAUAAUUCUUCAUAGAUCUUAGUGCUUCCACUGUAUGUCAGGGUUCAUCAACAUACCUAAGCAUGGGGCUAGGUCUCAAAAUGAUUCAAUAUCUGUACCAGUAAACCUUACUGAUUCACUUCCUUCCUCAGCUGUGCUGAUCUAUUGCCCAACAGCUUCCCCACAAGCGUAGUUCUGCCACAGGACUUUCCAAUACAGCAUACCUAGUGGGAGGAGGCUUAUCUGAACUGCUAAUUGAUCUUCCAGAGUUGCAAGCUGCCUGCUUGUGUCCUGGACCACCUAAAAAUAUGAAAUAAAUUGGCCAAAUACCACCCUGCCUGAGUUCUCUGAUGGCCCAUUAGCAUGUCAUUUAUAAGUAACCUUUUAUUGAGUGUUAAUCAGCUGGAUUAUUCUCUCUCAUUCCCCGCAAACUGCUGUGCCUCUCCCCUUUCUGUUCUUUAUGAAGCUGUGCUGUGGUUAAAUGACAUGGAUGAAUUUGUUCCCAGAGGCAUGAGGAGAAAAUGGAAUUUUGCAACAUCACAAAAACAUCAUCACCGAUGUGUCUUCUCUACCGAAAUAUGAAAGGUUAUCUACUCAAGGGUAAAAUAAAGAAAACAAAAGCAUGGUGCUGUUAUCAUUCUUGUCAUGGUGAACUUUCAGUCUCCUGUAAUCUCCACUGGAAAAUUACAGAUGCUUCUUGAUUAUUAUUUUUAUAACAAGUCUUCCUGUUCAAAUAAAAGUGUAGUUUCCAUUA